CGUUACACAACGAGGUCGCGUACGAUGGCCGCCGCAACGUCUUCUGGCGAUGACCAUCAUCGCAUGCACUCCAUGUGGCUGACCCAGCGCACGGUCCAUGGUCACACAGCUACGUUCAAGGACAUGGCGCUCAACCUGCCACGGAAUGCCGCGAAAGGCGUCCAUAACUUUCUCGGCCUCGAAGACCGCCGCUUCUUGCAUGCCGAGGGCAGUCACGGCCUGCUGCCACGUUGCCAAGUUCGCGACUCCCCACUGGAGAUUGUGCGCGCGAUUCAGUUUGGCGACGUGGACACGGUCGCUGCCGCGCUGGCCAGCACACACUCGACGCCUCGGCAAACCAACAGUGGCGGCGAAACCUUGCUCCACAUUGCUGUGCUGCAUCAAGAGCACCGCAUCGUCCAGCUCCUCCUGGAACACGGCGCCGAUGUCCAUGCUCGCACGUGUUGGCGUCCGUUGCCCCCGUCUCAAAACCACGUGCCACUCCAAUAUGCGUUCACAACAGCGUCGGGGGGGGCCACCCCUUUGCACCUAGGUGUGUUGGCUAUCGUGCUUCGCGGCACGACCUCACUGCGCGUCGUAGCCUGCAGCCUGUCAAAUGUCGCCGCCGCCAAGGCUCUGCUCGCAGCCGGAGCACAGACUGAAAUCGGAGAGAACGAGCUGUGUGGCACACCGCUGGUUUGGGCCGUUUGCGCCGCCGACAAGCCGUUGGAAAUGGUGCGGCUGCUCCUCGCCGCUGGCGCAUCGCCCGACUGCCGAGACCUCGAGGACAAUUCGGUCGUUGCAAUUGCCGUCAUGUGGUGGGUCGACCCUGCCCAUGCAACUCGGUUGUAUCAACUCGUGGCUGCCCUCGUCCAAGCCGGCGUCGACGUGAAUCACAAAAACGUGUGCGGAUGGACGGCGUUCGACGUUGCUGCCACUGACGCUGCCAAGGCCAUGCUCCGCCGCGUGUUUCGCGCGGCAUCUGGUCGGUGCGUCGAGAUUGAACGGACUGCAAACGUCGAGCGAGAGCGUGAUGAAGGCCGGCCGUGGUUGCGGCCGCUCAAAUCGCCACCGCCAGCCCCGCCCAUCGAGAACGACGACCUGUGUGCCAUCCCAACCCUGACGACCGUCAAGAACUCGAUCCGUUAGAUGAUGUAAAAGGAAUCGCGAUAACGAUGGGUUUGGAAUGGGCAAAA